CGUCACCGGGACUGGACCUGGGGCAAGCAAGGAGUGCGCGCAUGCGCGCCUCCGACGGACCCUGUCCUGAGCCGGCGCUCCAUAAAUCCGACCGAACGGAGGGACGCCCCGCGCACGGGAAGCGCUCCGGAAAUCCGACUGAAUGAAUAAAUGCGAUUGACGAGUCCUCGACUGAGCCCCGGCUCACCUCUCCGUCUGUCCCAAGGCACGUCCCUGGCUCCUCCCUUGGGCCGGUGAGAAGGCGGGAGGGAGGGGAAGGCGGAAGAUUGUCUCCGCCGAAGGAAGGCCGGGAAAGCCAUGGCCACCGUAGGCCGGCUGCUCCUGCUGUUCCUGUUUCUUCGGCAGCCAGGAGGGAUAGAGGGCGAGGAUGACCGGGCCGCGAUCCUCUCUGCCGUGGAGAAAGCAACUGUCUUCCUGAAGAAGAGACACGGGGAGCUCAACCUGGACGGAGUGUUGGGCUUUCGGGUGUUAGAAGCUCAGCUGCGAGGCGUCCAAGACAAGUGGGCCGCAAACCCCGCCGUGCGGUCUCUGAGCCUACGAGCAGAGAAGAUCGGCUCCGAACUGUCGUCGCUCAUCACCGGGGCCAUUGACUUCCUCGAGCUGCAGGACUCUGGCUACUUAAAAAAAUUCAAUCAGACUCUCCAGGCGGGGUUUUGGAAGCUCUCUCACUCCUGGGAUCACACGGACAUCACCGCGGUGGACCACUUCUCGGAGAAGUCGGACUCUUUUUCCGAGGAGCUGAGUGACUCAUGCAUGUCCUUCUUGCUGGGGACCUGGCAGGAGGACGGGAAGCCCUGCACCGUCACUGAGUCUUGCAGGGAUCUUAUGACCCAGCCUGACACCCAGGGCUAUGCGUUGUCUCACCAGGUCCUCUACUUUAUGUUGGCUGAAAUGAAAGGCUGCUCAGGGGACCUGUUCGUCCACAGCCGCUAUUACAAGAACCGUUUAUGCGGAGACGUGAUGAGAGUGAACUUGGCCAUCGAAAGGGCCGGAUUCCGGGUUCCCGAUCGUGAUCUCUUCAUGGAAAAUAUUAUGUUCUGCGGCAUCUGCGGCUUCUCCGAUUUCUACAAGCCCCGCUGGCUGGAGACCAUCCUCACCUGGCAGAGGCCGGAAGGAUGCUUCGGGAAGCCCGAUAUGAAUUCGAGUCCAGUGACCCGAGUCGGUGGGAAUGAACGGCAAUUUUUAAGAAGAGUUAAGAGGCGAGAUAAAGGAUUUGCAGAUGGCUGUUCUUCCCACAACACGGCUGUGGCUGUCGGAGCCUUGGGGGGCUUCCUCUAUCGCCUCGCGGACCCCUCGCCCGGCGGCCCUGAGCCUCGGGAGGGCCUCGCCCCGAGCGGACGGCAACCGGAGAGAAGGGGCACGGCCUGGUAAGACGCAGCGAGGGCUACUGGAAGGAGCCGGGGCCCGGCAUGUGGAGGAUCUGGCUUCUGAUCCCUGCUCACUCUACUAAGCGCUCGGGCGGGAUACAAGGUGAUCCGGUUGUCCCGCGUGGUGUUCACAGUCUUCCUCCCA